AAACUCAUUAUUUUUGAGGUUAAAUUAAUAUAGUUCUUCACAUUUUCACCAUUGUAGUUCUUCCCAAAUUGAAGAAGCAAUGUCAUUGAUGAGAUCAAGGUACGCCCUCUCUCUUCCUUCUGCCAACUUGUUCCUUAUUCGAUUCUUCUCUCGCAAUCACAAUCUUGUUGCUGUCGAUGACGCUGUUUCCUCAUUCAACCGCAUGCUCAAUACGAACCCUACCCCUCCCAUCUUCAAAUUCGGUAAGAUUUUAGGUUCCCUUGUUACGAUCCAACAUUACUCAACUGCUAUUUCCCUUUUUCAACAAAUGGAACUUCGACGAAUUCCCACCGACAUUGUUAAUUUGAACAUCUUGAUUAACUGUUUCUGCCACCUUCAUCAACUCAAUUUUGCAUUUUCCGUAUUCGCCAAGAUUCUCAAGCUAGGUUUUCACCCUGAUACAAUAACAAUGAAUACACUUAUCAGAGGUCUCUGUAACAGUGGCAAGAUUAACCAAGCACUUCACUUUUACGACGAUGUUAUAGCUAACGAGUUUCAACUUAAUCACGUUAGUUAUGGGACGUUGAUCGACGGUUUAUGUAAAAUAGGAGAAACAAAAGCUGCUUUGCAGGUUCUUAAAAAGAUUGAAGGGUCCUCGGUUAAGCCUGACGUGGUAAUGUACAACAUGAUCAUUGAUAGUUUGGGAAAGGAUAAACUUGUGAAUGAUGCUUUUGAUUUAUAUCUUGAAAUGAUUGUCAAAGGAAUUUCUCCUAAUGUCAUCACUUAUAGUACUUUAAUGAAUAGCCUUUGCAAUGUCGGUCAAUUGAAAGAAGCUGUUGGUUUGUUAAAUCAAAUGUCCUUGAGAAAUAUCAGCCCGGAUGUUUGUACUUUCAAUACAUUGAUUGAUGGUUUUUGUAAGGUAGGAGAGGUGGAGAAAGCUAGAAGUGUGUUGGCUGUUAUGAUAAAACAAGGCGUGAAACCUAAUGUUAUAACUUAUAAUUCUUUGAUGGAUGGAUAUUUCUUGGUUAAAGAAGUGAACAAGGCUAAACACGCAUUCGACUCUUUUGUUCGAAGAGGAGUGGAACCUAAUAUUCGGAGCUACAAUGUCAUGAUAGACGGAUUAUGUAAGAGUGGAAUGGUGGAUGAAGCUGUGAAUCUCUUCAAAGAACUGCAGUUGAAAAACAUGGCUCCUGAUACUAUAACAUACAAUUCGCUUAUUGAUGGACUUUGCAAAUCGGGGAGACUUUGUGAUGGUUGGGAUCUGAUUGAUGAGAUGCAUGAUAGAGGUCAACCUGCUGGGGUGAUCACGUACAGUAUCUUAUUAGAUGCUCUGUGCAAAAGCCAUAAACUUGACAUGGCAAUAGCAUUAUUUACAAAGUUCAAACACAAGGGAAUUAUGCCAAAUGUGUACACAUACACAAUAUUAGUUGACGGUUUGUGCAAAUGUGGAAGACUUAAGGAUGCACAAGAGGUUUUUAGGAUACUUCUAUCUAAUGGCUAUCAUUUAGAUGUUAGGUCCUACAAUGCAAUGAUUACUGGAUUUUGUAAAGAGGGCUUGAUUGAUGAAGCAUUGACCUUACUGUCAGAAAUGGAAGACAACGGUUGCAGUCCGAAUGUUGUAACUUAUGAAAUUAUUAUUCGUGCUUUGUUCAAAAGCGAAAAGAAUGAUAUGGCUGUGAAACUUCUUCGGGAAAUGAUUGAUAAAGGUCUAAUGUAAGAGUUAAAUUAGUGCAGUCAAUAUCAAAAUUCUUCCAUCAGUUCUAAGCCUACCAAAGAUUGAAGAGAAAGUUUCUGAACUCAUUAAACAGUUUUCCAAUAAACGAAAGAUGAUAUUGUUACUUGUGGUGAGUCUUACAUAGGCAAUCCAGCAAGAUGAAAUGGAGGUGACAGGGAAGCUGAUUAAUGAAAUAUUUGGAAAGGCUGGUUAUGAACCUGUUAUUCCCAUUAAGAUUUUUAUGAGAGUUGCCUAUUAUGCCGUUGUUUAGUGACUGCAGUUAGAGAUGGAUUGAUCUAAUACGUUAUGUUCUUGCUUUGUAUGUAUUUUCUGUGCUUACUUAUAGGUAAACAGGUGACUAAUUUUUCCCCCCUGCAGUGUUGCUUUGUUUCCAAAUUCUUGUUCUUGAGAUCAUUUAUUAAGAGUUUCAUGCAUAAAGUUGUUUAGCCGAGAACAUCUUUACCGAUGGAAUAUUUGUGGUUGCUUUCUAUCAUAUUCAACAUCUUUUGAAUUUCAUUUAGUGCAAUAAUAUAUUGGCUUUCUCAUUAUGGAAGUCUUUCAUUACAGUUUUCUUUUGGUGCAUUUGAAUGGGACCAUGAAUCAUGAUGCUCUUAUUUGGAAAUAUUCUUCUAGCUUGAAAUAGGAAAUAUUUGGAAUCAUGAUGCUAUAAUGAAUGAGAUUAUCAAUACCAUGGCAACUUUAAUUUGCUGUUUCUAUUCAAUAGAUGUUGUGAUCUGGACAUAUUUUUUGGGUGUUAGCAUAUAUACUAAUACUAUCCUAUAGUCUUUAUAUUCUCUUACUCUUUCAAUUAAACUCAUCACGCUGUCAUGCUACGGGGGAGGAUAAGAGAAGGAGCAGCCAUGGUCGCAUCUGGAACAAAUUUGAUCAGGAUGUGUAAGAGCUGAGAAGAAUAAAGGUUGCAACAAGUAAGACAUGUGCUCUCCCUCUCCUGCUCUCUCAUUAAACAAAAACCCUCUCGGUCAUGUGAAUACUCUUCUGCACAUUAAAUACAACUCACCUACUCAUGUGUCUUAGCAUGAGGCUCCCUAUCCACAUAUGCCAUAGCAAUCAAGCUGUUCAUGAAAUUGGUUGGAAUCAAAUAUAUAUGUAUGCCCUUCUCCUAGCUUUAAAUGUUCAUCAACUCAUAUUUAUAAACUCCAAUUUCAUCUUAUACUUUCAACACCACCAUGUCAAUAUCACUCCUUUUCCUCUAUAUUCUCUUCUUCCCUUCCUACACGAGUCUCCCUGAUCCAAUUCUCCCAACAUCCAACAGCAUUAACAAUCCCUUCAUUCCAAGAACAAUCUUAUGUUAAAGGCUGUUCUUUAUCUCUCUCAAAUGAACUUUUUAAUGGCAUAAAAAGUGAAUGUAGUUCAUCAAAACACAGUAAACUCGACCGUAGCUGAUGUUGUCCCGUUCUUGCAGCAUGGUUGUACUCUUUCUACUCUGCCAGUGCUCUUAGAAACCACUCACCAUCAUCAUCGUUGUCGUCAUCGUCAUCGUCAUUUGACAUGCCUUUGGUGCCUGAUGAUUCAGAAACAUGUGUGGAUGGUUUGGAAAAGGCUUUGAAAGUUAGAGGAAUCAAGAUUGUAAAUCCAAAUGCGAGUUGUGAUUUGGUGUAUUGUUAUUGUGGAAUUAGGCUGCAUCCUUUUAACUGUCCUGAUUCAUUUUCUGUAACCAAAAGUGGUGAACUUGUUGGAGAUGAAAGUGUUAGAAAGUUGGAGAAGAGUUGUUUGAGUGGCGACAAACAUGUCAAUGGUUUUCAAGGUCUUGGAGGGUGUUCUAUGUGCUUGAAUAGUCUCUACUUGCUUAACAAAAAGACUUCAAAUUCAAGCAAAGAACAAGACAGAACCGCAAAGAUUCACAACAAAGAUUGUGAGCUAAUGGGCUUGACAUGGCUUCUGUCGAAGAAUCAGACGACUUAUGUUCACACGGUUACAGAUGUUCUUCGAGCUUUAUUGUUGAAUAAUGAUGGAUCUAAGCCACAAUCAUGCACUCUUAAUAGUGAUGGAAUGCCUCUAGCUGUUUAUUCAUCUGAAAUCAUAAAUGAGCAUUCUUCUUCAACCAACCUCCAACCACCUAUGUUUUUUUCUUUGUUAUUAGUACUAUGUGUGCAUGUUUUUGUGCUAUUCUCUUAACUAAAACCUUAAUCAUGGUUGGUAACUAUGUGUUGAUAGGGACAAGUACAUUUCAGAGACAAUUAUGUGUUUAGUUUAAUACAAUGAGUUCAAGAAAUAUGAAACAAAAGAAGGGUGAUAGUGUGAAUCCUAUAACCCUUGAAACUAUGAGCUAUGAUGAAUUUGACAAGUUUAGAAAGAAAUACUUGGUUAAUUACUAUCUAUCCCUUUAACACUUUUGGGCGUAAGGAACCUAAAACUCUUGAAACUAUGAGCUAUGACGAAUUUGACAAGUUUAGGAAGGAAUACUUGGUUGCUUACUAUCCAUUCAACACCUUUGGGCGUAAGGAAGAGAAACAAAAUGUGAAGAUGAAGAAAAAUAAGAAAGAGGAGGCCAAAGUUAUCAAAAUUCAAAGAUAAUCAAAAGUUAACAAAUGAAUCCAAGAAGAAUGUUUUAUGAAUGGGUUGGUAGAGUUUUUAAGAAGAUUGUCCUCAAAUGUUCGUCAUCAACUCAGAAAAUCAUGGUCACAACUCUGCUUUAUUAAUUUCGAAUUUGUUUUGGAUUUUUUCUGCUAUGAUAGUUAAGUUAAUUUUGUUUUGUUUUUUAGGAUGUUAUGUUCGCCUAGUCAAUUUCAAACAAAUUUAUAUUAUGAUUCCAAUUCUUAUAUGCUAAAUUGUACCUCAUAUGUUCUAUAG